AUGAAUCGUGAAAGCAUGUGUUUCAGCUGGAAAAUAACUCUCCUUUGCGGCUUGGUUGCCGUAAUAGCGAGCCCCCUAUUUACCAAAAGUCUACUACUCCGCUAUUUCCCUCCUGCAUCUAUCGAACCAGAACAGGAACCAGACAUCCCCCUGCCCGUAUAUGAGGCAAGCGUUGUGACGAGACCGAACCCCGAGGUCGUCGGUUCUAACAAAGAUGAGAUGUCCAAGUCAUCGGCCCACCUUCUCCAGAGGGCGUCUAAAGGUUGGACAUACAUACCAAGCGACGAUGAACACCUGAGCGACGGAACGCAGACAAACAAGCCCAAAGGCCCAGAGUCACGCGUUGUCCUACAUCACUCCUUUGGGGAUAUCAAUAGAAACAAUCGGCUAGCCGUGGUACCUUAUGGGAAUGGUUUUGUUGAUGGAAUCAUCCGAGCAUUUCAGCAAGAUCUUCAUCUCGUCCUCCGUCCUGAUGACAUCUGGUUGGCUAUUACAAUCCAACUCAGCUUUUAUAUCAAUGCCCAUGCCGAAGAGUUGAGAAGCCUCUUCGUUGAACAUGAUGGCAAGAAACAGCUCGUCAUCGAAUUGUCACCUCAGACUAUGAUAAAUCUUGACAUUCCAUACGCGGCGAAACUCUUUACCAAUUUAAUCCAAGAUAAUGUGCGGGAUCCGGAUCUUCAGAGCUGGAUAUUGCCCGACUUUUCUACAACAACCGACAAUGAUAUCAGCGUCGCGGCAAUGGUUAUGAUGGCAACUACAAAGGCAUAUUUUGAGUACAUCAUACUAUGCGGUUGUGGAUUCCCAAGCGUCACACUUGUAGGCGAGAGAGAAGAUUGGGUAAAGCUCCUUGAGAGACUGCCUAAACUUGCGACAUUCGGUGAUGAGCCUGCCGAAUGGAGCAAACUACUCGUCAAAGUGGUGGAGAAAAUGAUUGAAACGUUUGACCGACCAGAUGACGAAGCUACGAAAGAGUUUUGGAUGAAGGCAGUCCACAGAGUCGGUGCGGAAGCAUCAGGCCGAGGAGUAGACACGUUAUCCGGAUGGAUCACGGCAUUCUGCUUCUGGGAUAAGGAAGGCAAGAUGAUUCGACAAUAUACAGAUGAAAACAUAAAACUCUACUCUUUCGACGGAGAAGGAGAUGAAGACAGGAAGAGGCUCAUUAUUGAUGACGUUGUUUUCCCAAUCAUCAGAGCUAAAAGUGUGCCACAGGCCGUGGUCGAAGUCCCCGUCAAAGUUGUGGAUACGUCGACAAUGCUUCAAUAUGAGACCACCAUCAUAGCAGGUUCUGUGGGUAUGACAGCAACUGCCAGCGAAAAUAAAGGGACAUUUGACACUUUCCAGCCACGGUCAGGCUGGUGGAUGCUACUCGACGAGGUUAAGCCGAUUGAGUAG